AACAAGUUGCGCAUGUGGAGCCGAUGCACACGCCAUCCCUUCCGCUUUUGCCUCGCACUGUUCUUCGCCUAAUCCUCUCCCGUAAUCCGGACCUGAAGAUCGGUUUUUAUCGAUGAUCGAUCGCCGCCAGUCAACGAGCAGUCCACUUUGAUGCACGGAAUCGAUUCGGCGGCGGAGGAGGUCAGGGGUAGUGUAUGGGCGGCGCAACGCAAAAAUCCAAUCUUUAGGGGUUGUCCGCCCCUUCAGCUCGAAUCUGAUCUCCCGGCAGAUGGGUUGCUUCCCGUGCUUCGGAUCGAGGCGUCGAGAGGCGCUCAACCCGAGGAGGCAGAAGGAUGAUGCGCACGAGGAGCACCCCAUGGUUCCUUCUCACAUCGUUCGAGCGCCUCCUGUAGCCGAUAGUGUAAACCCUAGAAGCAAGUCAGGAUCCAAGAAGGAUGCGCAGUUUGAAAAGGAACUGUCUGGCGUUACCAUUUCAGCACACACAUUUACCUUCCGGGAACUUGCAGCAGCAACUAGAAACUUCAAAGACGAAUGCUUUCUUGGAGAAGGAGGGUUUGGCAGUGUGUACAAAGGGGAACUUGAAAGCACUGGUCAGAUUGUGGCUGUGAAGCAGUUAGAUAGAAAUGGACUUCAGGGAAAUAGAGAAUUUCUUGUGGAGGUGUUGAUGCUCAGCCUAUUGCAUCACCAAAAUCUUGUAAAUCUUAUAGGUUACUGCGCUGAUGGAGAUCAAAGACUUCUUGUUUAUGAAUUUAUGCCAUUAGGAUCAUUGGAAGAUCAUUUACACGAUCUCCCACCUGACAAGGAACCACUGGAGUGGAAUACAAGGAUGAAAAUAGCUUCAGGCGCAGCCAAAGGGUUGGAGUAUCUACAUGAUAAAGCUAACCCGCCAGUCAUUUACAGGGAUUUCAAAUCUUCCAAUAUUUUAUUGGGUGAGGGUUUUCACCCAAAGCUGUCAGACUUUGGUCUUGCAAAGCUUGGUCCAACUGGCGAUAAAUCUCACGUGUCAACAAGAGUGAUGGGCACCUAUGGCUACUGUGCCCCUGAAUAUGCUAUGACAGGGCAGCUGACAGUUAAAUCUGAUGUUUAUAGUUUUGGAGUCGUACUUCUUGAGUUGAUAACUGGGCGAAAGGCAAUUGAUAACACAAAAUCACAUGGUGAACAAAAUCUUGUUGCAUGGGCAAGGCCCAUGUUCAAUGAUCGAAGAAAACUCCAGAGGCUAGCUGACCCCAAACUGCAAGGCCGGUUUCCUAUGCGUGGGCUCUACCAAGCACUCGCUGUUGCCUCAAUGUGCAUCCAAGAACAAGCUGCCAGCCGUCCUCUUAUCGCCGAUGUGGUCACUGCAUUGUCCUACUUGGCAAAGCAAGCUUACGAUCCCAAUUCUUCACCUGCCUCCAGCAAUAAAUCUGGAGGUGACAAUGAUGAAACAAAAAUCCGCGUAGGUGGCACAAUCUUCACAAAGAAUGAGGACGGUGGAGGUUCUGGCCGAAAAUGGGACACUGAAGGAUCAGAGAAAGAGGACUCACCGAGAGAAAUAGUUGGGCUCUUGAAGAAGGAUUUCGAUCGAGAACGAGCCGUGGCAGAGGCAAAAAUGUGGGGAGAGAACUGGCGGGAGAAAAUACGGGCAAAUGCACGCAAUACUACAAAUACAAAUAGCUGAAGAGUUAACACUUAUCUUUCCCUUUUACAGGGAAAUCAAAACAAAAAUUGUAGUCUGUUUACGAAAAUUAUGGGGAGUUUUACAGCAAGUAUUCAUCGACAAGUUAGCAUAUUUUACUUCAGUCGACCAAGGAUAUGAUGAGACUGAGGGCCACAUUAGACUCCUAUGCCAUGAAAUUUUGAAUCGAAAGCAUAAUGUAUCUGACUUUGAUAAUUCCUUUGAAAGCUUCUAUCCAUUCUGAUUUCAGUAACA